CAGUUCCAUAAACACUUCCCUCCCCUUGAGGAAACGGUCAAAACACAAAAAAAGUUGCAUUACAUUUGAGUUGAAUUUAGACUUCAUUUACAUUUCAUAUAUCUCCAAUCCAACCAUAGUACCAGUCACACUUAACCCUGGUCAAAUUCUAACCCAACUUGGGUUUAUUUAUACUCACAAACUCAGAUGAACUAAGCUUGCCUUUGAACUUCUUCACCCUCAAAACCCUCUCUCUUUCUCUUCCUUUCAAUUUCCUCUGUUUGUUUCUUUCUCAACCUAUAAAAUUUUGACACUAUAAUCAUGUAGAAAAAAAACUAAAAAAAAAAAAAAAACAAGAACAGUGUUGUCACAAAAAAAAAUUAAUUGGUCACUACUAGAUUUGUUGUGUUGUGUGUGUUGUAAUUCUUUGAUGGAUGAAGAGGAACACCAACAACAAGUUUUGAGAAAAAACAAAGGUAGACACAUGGAAGUUAUUAAUGGUGUUACUAUGUUGUUGUUUUGUAACUGCUUAAACAUUUGUGCUAAUUGGCACUGUUUAAGAUACCAUAACUCUCCUUUUAAGUGAAACAACAAAAUAUAAUCUUUGUUCUCUCACUUUUUGUUUCUCUCUUCAGAUCUCAGUUUUUAGUUCACUAAUCAUAAUUAACAACCUUAAUCUUUUAAUUAGAUCUGUCUCUUAGUUUAUAAACACUCAUGAAGAGACUUGGUAGCUCUGAUUCUUUAGGUGCCCUCAUGACAACUUGUCCACCACCAGAGGAACAAAGUCCAAGGAACAACAACGUGUAUGGAAGGGAAUUUCAAUCGAUGUUAGAAGGACUAGAUGAAGAAGGUUGUGUUGAAGAACCAGGACAGAAGAAAAGAAGACUAAGUGUGGAUCAAGUUAAGGCUUUGGAGAAGAAUUUUGAAGUUGAAAACAAGCUUGAACCUGAUAGAAAAGUUAAGCUUGCUCAAGAACUUGGCUUGCAACCAAGACAAGUUGCUGUUUGGUUUCAAAACCGUCGUGCUAGAUGGAAAACAAAACAGUUGGAAAGAGAUUAUGGUGUUCUUAAAGCCAAGUAUGAUGCACUUAAGCUUAAUCAUGACAAUCUUCAACGUGACAAUGAAAAUUUGCACAAAGAGGUUAAGGAAUUGAAAUCAAGAUUACAAUUACAAGAAGAAAACACAACUACUGAAAGUGAUGUUUGUGUGAAACAAGAGUUGCUGACAAUGCAAGAAUCAGAAAACACCAAUUUUGAUGAAACUGCCAUUCUUAGAUCCGAUUCUAAGGACUUAAACUACGACUGUUUCAAAGGUGAUGUAGUAGCUUCUCUGUUUCCUGCUGAUUUCAAAGAUGGUUCUUCAGAUAGCGACUCAAGUGCAAUCUUGAAUGAAGAAAACAACAGUCCCAACGCAGCGAUUUCUUCAUCUGGGGUUCUUCAAAAUCAUAACUUUUUUAUGUCUCCUGGUUCUUCUUCACUUAAGUUCAAUUGUUCUGAAUCGUCUUCGCCAUCUUCAAUGAGUAGCUUUCAGUUUCAGACACAAUAUGUGAAAAUGGAAGAGCAUAAUUUUCUUGGUACUGAUGAGACUUGUGAUUUCUUCUCAGAUGAACAACCACCAACUCUUCAAUGGUGGAAUUAACAAAGAGAAGAAGAAGAAAAAUAAGACAUUAUGCAAUGGUGUAUAGUUGAAAUUCGAUCUCUGUAAAAAAUGAUCAAUGAAUCGCGGGGAGAUUGAGAGAGAAGGGGUUGAAGGUUGAUCGCAUGGUGUGGGGUCGGAGAUGAAAGGUUGAUGAUGAUUAAGACCGUGCGGGGAAGGGUUAAUUUAUGAAUAAAUAAUGAUUAGGUCCUAAUGAAAAUUAUGCUGUAAAAAUUUUGGAAUUCGUGAGUAGAAGAUAAUUAUUACUGUUCUAA